CAGAUAUGAUUUAACCCGGGGUUAAGCAAGAUGAGAAUCUUUGUCACGUUUGCCGUCCUCAGCGUGACCAUGUGUUGCUUCACAGCUGACGCAGGAAAGUAUGAGUUUGGCGUCUUCGAGAACUUUGAUGUCACGGAGAACCUACACAUAGAGGAACAAAAGUUUCUGAAGAAGGUGAGGGACUUCAGACAAAACCUUGUGGAGAUCCAUGUUACCCUAUCAAACUCAACAGAACCGCUUAACACGAAGAUGAAGAUCCUUGAGACUAAUCAAAAGAAAAAGGAUCACUUCCGUCAAAGCGCCAAAGCAAUGGAGGGUCUCCUUGGGGACCCAAUGGCAACUUAUGACCAAGCAGUCAUGGGUCUCUUGGUUCUACGAGAAACCUAUAACCUUCCCAUGGAUGAUUUCAUGGCAGGGAUUGUCAAAACUAAAAGUCAUACCGAGCAAGUCUUCCAGGGUAACCAUGCGCUUAACCUUCAAGAUGCCUUUCAUUUGGCGAUAAAGGCCCAACAGCGGAAGUGGUUUGACGCGGGGAUUUUAUUCCUUAGGCAAGCAAACCAAAUGCUCAAGAGCAUGCCGGAGGGGGAAUUAUCCACGCUAGACUCUGAAUUCUUAGAUGGCAUGGAUGUGCUCAAAAAGUAUCUCAUACAAUCGCAAAACCAUUACCUAAAGACUAGAAAGGCCAUCUUUGGUCUCGACUAUCGAAUCUUGCCUUAUUUCGUGGAUAACAAUUUAGAGAAGCGAGCUAAGCAACCCAAAUUCGUCCGAGCCCUUGGGGAGUACACAAGACUCCUCAAUGAUACAAAUGAAUAUUUGGAAGGGGAGCGGCGUGACGAGGCUGACCGGCGCAUUUGUCGCGGAGAAUAUCAAGGCUCAUCCAUCGACAAAGAAGUGCAUCUACAAUUGUGCCAUUACCUCCACCAAAGCAAUCCCUAUUUGAGACUGGGUCCGUUCAAAAUGGAAGUCGUUGCUCGGGUUCCUUUUAGAAUGAUAUUGCAUGACUUCAUGGACGAGGCUGAAAUCCGAUGGCUCAUCGAUUACGCCAAACCCCGUCUCUCGAGAAACCGAAGCAAAAUAAAGAGUAAUGAAGACAUCCAAGCAAACAGUCUGGAUCGAUCCAAAGUGAAAAUCAUUGCCAAAACCACUCAAGCGUGGAUUUCCAGUCGACUCUUCAUAGGAAAAGAUAUCUACGACGACAUGAACCAAUUGCAGCCUAAUCCUCAUCUUGACAAAUUCAUCGACAUCCACCCAAAUUUAGUCACCCUAUCGCGGAAGAUCGAGAUGGCCACCAAGAUGAUUGUUUUGAAGCGAUUUUCCGCCACUGAGUUUCAGGUCACCAAUUAUGGUCUCAGUGGACUUUGUGAAGGACACAUCGAUCCCCAUGGAUAUCUUGAAGGGAAGGAUCUCACUCCAGACCGACAGGGCCUCGUUAUGUCCGGUGACAUGCUCGGUACCUUCAUGGCUUGGUUGGAUGAUGUCGAGGCCGGUGGUGGAACGGCUUUCGAUUCACCGGGAUACGAGCAAAUAGUUCGGCCUACACGUGGUUCUGCUGCCUUUUGGAUUGAUUUAAGACCCAAUGGCAUACGCGAAGCGUUUUCUUCCCAUAUGGGUUGCCCAAUCUUGAAAGGGUCCAAGUGGAUUUUGAACAAAUGGAUCUAUUACUUUGACCAAGUUCAUAACUACAAAUGUGGCCUUGCAGCUGAUUCCAAAUUUGACGUCUUUAACGACAUUUUCAGCACCUAUCAGUGAAUUUACAUUGCUAAAAGAUGAAAAGAAACUUGAAACCGUAUCUACGUAUGCAAUUGGAAUGAUCAUCAUUUCGGAUAUGAGCAAACCUCGCCAGUUAUAGAUAAAACAAAAGAUUUCAGAACCAACCGUAUUUUUCUAGUGCUUUCGGAGAAAGAAGCCAAUGGUGCAAAGCCUCUGACAAUAACCAUAUACUGUACCUGAUUGUUUUGAGCCCUAGACAACUUCAUUUCAUU